ACUUCCUGCUGCCACGUGAAGAAGGGUGUGUUUGUUUCCCCGUCUGCCAUGAUUAUAAGUUUUCUGAGGCAUCCCCAGCCAUGCUGAACUGGAAGUGGCACUAAGGUCCAAAGGAAGCUACAUAUGGGUGGUCCCUGCUACACCAGCCUCCCAAGCCUCCCAGUGCACCUUCUAGGAGACAAGCAAGGAAGGCCGCUGCUUGUUUGUCAUCCUGCUCAUGGCGGUGUACUGGUGCACGGAGGCCCUGCCGCUCUCAGUGACGGCGCUGCUGCCCAUCGUCCUCUUCCCCUUCAUGGGCAUCUUGCCCUCCAACAAGGUCUGCCCCCAGUACUUCCUCGACACCAACUUCCUCUUCCUCAGUGGCCUGAUCAUGGCCAGCGCCAUUGAGGAGUGGAACCUGCACCGGCGAAUCGCCCUCAAGAUCCUGAUGCUUGUUGGAGUCCAGCCGGCCAGGCUCAUCCUGGGGAUGAUGGUGACCACCUCGUUCUUGUCCAUGUGGCUGAGCAACACCGCCUCCACCGCCAUGAUGCUUCCCAUUGCCAAUGCCAUCCUGAAAAGUCUCUUUGGCCAGAAGGAGGUUCGAAAGGACCCCAGCCAGGAGAGUGAAGAGAACACAGCUGCUGUGCGGAGAAACGGCCUACACACUGUGCCCACGGAGAUGCAGUUUCUCGCCAGCACAGAAGCCAAAGACCACCCUGGGGAGACAGAGGUUCCACUGGAUCUGCCGGCUGACUCCAGGAAGGAGGAUGAAUAUCGUCGGAGCAUCUGGAAGGGCUUCCUCAUCUCCAUCCCCUACUCAGCCAGUAUUGGGGGCACAGCCACACUCACGGGCACAGCCCCUAACCUCAUCCUGCUUGGCCAGCUCAAGAGUUUCUUUCCGCAGUGUGACGUGGUGAAUUUCGGCUCCUGGUUCAUUUUCGCCUUCCCUCUUAUGCUGUUGUUCCUGUUGGCAGGCUGGCUCUGGAUCUCCUUCCUGUACGGGGGACUGAGCUUCAGGGGCUGGAGGAAGAAUAAAUCUGAGAUAAGAACCAAUGCAGAAGAUAGGGCUCGAGCUGUAAUUCGGGAAGAAUACCAGAACCUGGGGCCCAUCAAGUUUGCCGAACAGGCCGUUUUCAUCCUUUUCUGCAUGUUUGCCAUCCUCCUCUUCACCCGGGACCCGAAGUUCAUCCCUGGCUGGGCCAGCCUCUUCAAUCCUGGGUUUCUUUCUGAUGCUGUCACCGGUGUGGCUAUUGUCACCAUCUUGUUCUUCUUCCCGUCCCAAAGGCCCUCUCUCAAGUGGUGGUUUGACUUCAAAGCUCCCAACACAGAGACAGAGCCCUUGCUGACCUGGAAGAAGGCCCAGGAGACAGUGCCCUGGAACAUCAUCCUUCUCCUGGGAGGGGGCUUCGCCAUGGCCAAAGGCUGUGAGGAAUCGGGGCUGUCUGUAUGGAUUGGUGGGCAGCUGCACCCCCUGGAGAAUGUGCCCCCUGCCCUGGCUGUGCUGCUCAUCACUGUGGUCAUCGCCUUCUUCACUGAGUUUGCCAGCAACACGGCCACCAUCAUCAUCUUCCUGCCGGUCCUGGCGGAGCUGGCCAUCCGCCUGAGAGUGCACCCCCUGUAUCUGAUGAUUCCGGGCACAGUCGGCUGCUCCUUUGCCUUCAUGCUCCCGGUCUCAACGCCCCCCAACUCCAUCGCCUUCGCCUCUGGACACUUGCUGGUCAAAGACAUGGUGCGGACAGGCCUCCUGAUGAACCUGAUGGGUGUCCUGCUGCUCAGUUUGGCUAUGAAUACCUGGGCACAGACCAUCUUCCAGCUGGGCACCUUCCCGGACUGGGCUGAUAUGUACUCGGUCAAUGUUACAGCAUUGCCACCCACCUUGGCCAAUGACACAUUUCGGACCCUCUGAGUCCCCCUGGAGGACUCCCUUGAGGCUGAACCCUCUCAAAGGGCUGUCACCAUCACCUGCUGCUAGGACACUACAAAACAAUCAAAUAAUUCUUUUCUGUAAUCCAAUAUGCAGCAAGCAAGGGUGACCUCCAGUGGCCCACUCAAGUCCAUGAGCCAUUAUCUAGGAUACUUUCUCUCUCUUUCAUGCAGUUCAAGGCCCAGGUAUCUCUCAGAUCUGCUGCCUGAGAAAUAAGCUCCUUUAUCAGUGAGCUGUUUUAUCGUUAGGAUACAAGAGAGCCCAGUUUCAUCAACAGUGAGCAAAUCUGGCAUGGUGUUUGUCUCGUACAGUUGGGAUAGGAGGCCAUUCAUUCCCAUGGGCACAGCUAACAUUAUCCCCCAGUGAUUACUUUCGGUUACACUGAAGAGCCCACCUUGUCUUUAAAGAUCACUUUCCUGGGCUGCAAUGUUCCAACCCAGUUGUUCCAGCUGUUCACAACCAGUGUGUGAUUUUGCUUAGUUGGUGCCCAUUCUGCCCCAGUUGUUUUACCCCUGCCGAUAACCAGCAGUCAGAGAUUCUUUUUUAAUCCUUGGAGACAGGGAAAGGGACAGAUAGCUUUCCAAGGACAUGAGACUGUGCAAAGCCUCUUUGCUGUUUCUCUGGGCUCCUGAGCAUACCAGGGGAAGUUCUAGAAACCGCAGCUGACAUCUCGACCCAAGAGAUUUAGGAUUCUCCUGUUUCAUCUGGGUCAGUUUGGCCAUAAUUCUGGGGUCAGGCCAGGCCUGGGUCCUGCCCUCCCAUGGGGUGACUCAUGACCCCUCCAGCCAGGACUCUCCUACAUGUGGCCCCCAUAGGCCUCUGUGGCUGCAAGGCGGUCAGUUGCUGCUUGUCCCAGCAGGUGGCCUUGAUCUCUCCAUGCCCCACCUUAAGUGGUAAGCAUGUUUAAUUAUCAAAGGCCCCAUUUGUCAGGGGUGAGAGAAAAGUCAAAAGAGAAAUUGGGGCCUUGUAAAAGGCCAGGGUAAAAUGUCUCAGGCAAGCAAAAGAUUGUCCCCUUCUACAUAUGGGUAAAACUGAGACGUCCCCGUGAGUCCGAGGCUGGAAGUGGUGUCUGCCUUCAGGGGUUAAUCCCUCUUUGUUCCAAGCAGAAGCAUUCUGGCAUCCCAGUGAAGAGCUCAGGCCCUCAGGAAGUGUCUGCUGAAUGGAAUGGCCCAGCAUUAGCCCAGUAUCGGAAAAGACACCAGCCCAGGGGCCCUGAAUCGUCACACUUCCCUUUCCUAAGCCUCUGAGGGUGGAGAUUCCCCUAGGAGCACUUGGCCAGCUGGGAAGGCAGCGCCCAGCUGCACUCGUUGUUGAUACAGCAUAAGUGAAUCAUGGGCAUUUCCCUGAGAGCAGUGGGAGAGGCCCUCUGAGUUGGAGGUUGAGCUCCACCUCCUUUCCAAGCAAGCACUCAAUGUUGAAUCACAGUUACAACCCACUGGGGCUGGUGGGAGGUGUGUUGUAUGGGACUGGAAGCAAGAGGUUCAUCCAAAGAGAAACUCAUGGGAUUUGUAACCAGAUGAAUCAUGAUUUCAAAGACUUCUGAUCAAAAAUACUGUGAAAUAAAGAAUGUUAAUCAA